AAGAUGAAGCUCAGUCCUUACAGCUUCAUCACAGUCAAAGUGAGGAGAACAGAGGGGCGGAGCUUGUAAGUCAACACAUCACAGAAGCUGAUGGAGAGCAUUGUGAAGAUAUCAAGUCAGAACCAGACAGCAUCUUUGCUCCACUGUCAGACAUGGACCACAUGAUGUCACACUCUUCUGAUCACAGUGACCACAUCCAAAAACCUUUGGAGAGUAAAAAUGACUCUAAAGGUGAUACGAGACAUCACACUAACAACAAACACUUUGACUGCUCUGAAUGUGGGAAAUCAUUUAGACGGAAGAGUGAUUGUACAAGACACAUGAGAACACACACUGGAGAGAAACCUUUUACUUGCUCUGUUUGUAAGAAGAGUUUCUCCAGAAAGGGUGUCAUGACCAGACACAUGAGGAGGACACACACUGGAGAGAAACCUUUUGCCUGCUCAGCUUGUGCUAAAAGAUUCAACACUAAGUAUGCAAUGACCACACACAUGAGAACACACACAGGUGAGAAACCUUUUACUUGCUCUGUUUGUAAGAAGAGUUUCUCCAAAAAGGAACGCAUGACCACACACAUGAGAACACACACUGGAGAGAAACCUUUUGCUUGCUCAGCUUGUGCUAAAAGAUUCAUCACGAAGAAGGAAAUUAUAUUGCACAUGAGAACACACACACGUGAGAAACCUUUUACUUGCUCUGUUUGUAAGAAGAGUUUCUCCAGAAAGGGUGACAUGACCACACACAUGAGAACACACACUGGAGAGAAACCUUUUGCUUGCUCAGCUUGUGCUAAAAGAUUUAACACUAACAAUGACAUGAUAUUACACAUGAGAACACACACAGGUGAGAAACCGUUUACUUGCCCUGUUUGUAAGAAGAGUUUCUCCAGAAAGGAAUGCAUGACCACACACAUGAAAACACACACUGGAGAGAAACCUUUUGCUUGCUCAGCUUGUGCUAAACGAUUCAACACCAAGUAUGACAUGAUAUUACACAUGAGAACACACACAGGUGAGAAACCUUUUACUUGCUCUGUUUGUAAGAAGAGUUUCUCCAGAAAGCAAAACAUGACCACACACAUGAGAACACACACUGGAAAGAAACCGUUUAGUUGCACUGUGUGUGAUAAAAGGUUCAGGUAUAAGUAUCAGGCCAGUAAACACAAGUGUGUAACAGUCAUGGAAGCUGCAGGGAUUUAAAAACACUUAAACAGCUGUAACAAACGCACCCAUGUUCUCCUGGUGUCUCUGCCACUACGCAAAUUAAGGAGUCACGGGUGGGACCUGAUAUUCAGCUGGAAAUAAUUAAUACAGUAAAUAAACACAAGACAUGUAUAACUAUUAGCCACAACACAACCAGGCUUAUAUUUAAUAUGCCACAAAUUAAUCCCGCAUAACAAACACCUCCCCCCUCCCGUCCAUAUAACCCACCAAUACAUCUCAAACACCCGCACAAAACACUCAAUCUCACAGCCCAAAGAACCGUUCACCUCCCCAAAGUUCAUAUAACACAUAUAUUUCCCCAAAGUCCCCAAAGUUGCGUACGUGACAUGCACAUAGCGGCACGCACGUACGUGCAAGCGAUGACAUGUUUGGAAGCCGCAGCUACGUACUCUCGGUACCGCGUCUGCGUAUCCAACUCAAAGUCCUCCUGGAAAAAGUCUCUGUUGUCCCGGUUCUCCACAGGCCAAUGGAAAGUCCACAAAAAAGGUAAAGAAUGAGGAUUCUUCCAUGAAGUGGCUCUGUAGCAAAAAACGCUGGGUCUGACAGGUGCUCCUAGGUGGUUUGUGACCUCAAUUUCCACUUCCGCCCGGUCUGAUAGCACCGGAUGCCUUUUAUAUCCCCACAUUUUAUUAUGUUACUUAUUUAAUAGUAACAUGAUUAUUUAAUACGC